UAAAUUUUGAUUUACACAAAUUAAUAUGAUUCUUCGUCUUGUGCAGAGAAGUGGCCGUCGCUAUCGCCGCCGACGCCUCACAGUCGGCGACCCGUAGUUCUCACAGUGUUUCACUCAAACUCCUCCGACUCCUCUCUCAAUUUUUUUCCAAGCAAGCUUCUUCAAUCUUCCUCGUGUGGUUUUUUCAAAGGUCUCUCUCCAUCUCCGAUUAGAACGGAGUGAGGUAGAAGAUUCCUCUCAUUCUCUUUUAGAAACCUUAUCUAUAUUACUUGGUAGAGUGAUUUCUUGGAAUUUGGGUUUUUGGGUGAAAUCAGUUGAAUAUAGAGUUGGUUUCUGAAAUGUUGGAUUCUAGGCUGAGAUUCUUCCUUGAAAGAUGUGUAGUGAUUCAACAGGCAAAGCAAGUUCAUGCACAGUUAGUAGUGAACCGUUAUAACCAUCUUGAACCCAUCUUGGUUCACCAAACUCUUCACUUCACUAAAGAGUUCUCUAGAAAUGUUGUCAACUAUGUCAAAAGAAUCCUCCACGGGUUUAAGAGUUCCAAAGGUAUGGAUUCUUUCUCUUGGGGAUGUCUUGUUCGGUUCUUGAGUCAGCAUAGGAAGUUUAAAGAAACGGUUGGCGUCUACAUCGAAAUGCAUUAUUCUGGGAUUCCUCCUAGUUCACAUGCUAUAACCUCAGUGUUGAGAGCUUGUGGUAAGAUGGAGGAUAUGGUUGAUGGCAAACCGAUUCAUGCUCAGGCUCUUAAAAAUGGAUUGUGUGGUUGUGUUUAUGUUCAGACAGGUCUGGUGGGUUUGUACUCUAGAUUCGGUUACAUUGAGAUGGCAAAGAAGGUAUUUGAUGAUAUUGCAGAGAAGAACACAGUUUCGUGGAACUCGCUUUUACACGGGUAUCUGGAAAGUGGGAAUCUAGAUGAAGCUCGCAGAGUCUUUGACAAGAUUCCAGAGAAAGAUGUUGUGUCAUGGAAUCUGAUUAUAUCGAGCUAUGCAAAAAAAGGUGACAUGAGCAAUGCAUGCUCUUUGUUUCUGACGAUGCCUUUGAAAAGCUCGGCUACUUGGAAUAUUUUGAUUGGCGGGUAUGUGAAUUGCAGGGAAAUGAAACUAGCAAGAACCUAUUUCGAUACAAUGCCCCAGAAGAAUAGUGUCUCUUGGAUUACAAUGAUUUCAGGGUACACAAAAUUGGGAGAUGUUCAGUCUGCUGAAAAGCUCUUCAGACAGAUGUCUAGGAAAGACAAACUCGUCUAUGAUGCCAUGAUUGCUUGUUAUGCUCAAAACGGCAAGCCAAAGGAUGCUCUGAAGCUAUUCUCUCAGAUGCUUGAAAGUAAUUCAGAUAUUCAACCGGAUGAGAUCACACUCUCAAGUGUUGUAUCAGCUAGUUCACAGUUGGGUGAUACCAGUUUUGGUACAUGGGUUGAGUCAUAUAUAACCGAACAUGGAAUCAAGAUCGAUGAUCUUUUAAGUACCUCUCUAAUUGAUCUUUACAUGAAAGGCGGAGACUUUGCCAAGGCAUUCAAAUUGUUCAACGAUCUAAUCAAAAAGGACACAGUUUCUUACUCUGCUAUGAUCAUGGGCUGUGGGAUAAACGGCAUGGCCACAGAAGCGAACUGUUUGUUUAGAGAGAUGAUCGAAAAGAAGAUCCCUCCAAAUCUAGUAACAUUCACAGGACUAUUAUCAGCGUAUAGCCAUUCAGGUCUUGUUCAAGAAGGCUACAAAUGCUUUAACUCCAUGAAAGACCACAACCUAGAACCCUCCGCUGAUCAUUAUGGGAUAAUGGUGGAUAUGUUGGGACGAGCCGGGAGGCUAGAGGAGGCAUAUGAACUGAUCAAGAGUAUGCCGAUGCAGCCAAAUGCUGGAGUUUGGGGAGCGUUGCUUUUAGCCAGUGGGUUACACAACAACGUGGAAUUUGGAGAGAUUGCGUGCAGUCACUGCGUUAAACUGGAGACCGAUCCUACGGGUUAUCUUUCGCAUCUUGCUAAUAUAUAUACGUCUGUUGGUAGAUGGGACGAUGCAAGGAAUGUUAGAGAUAGUAUGGAAGAGAAGAAACUGCGUAAGACACUUGGGUGUAGCUGGGUUGAGGGUUCAUAUCAUUGAGAUCUCGGGGAAUACAUAUUUUGGUUUCAGGAUAUACAGAUUUCGGUUUAGGAUCAUCAAUCCACAUCGGUCUGAAAUCAACUUGCGCUGAUUUGGGUAAACCAGAAUGUGUAGCCGGUAAAGAGAUUAGGGAUCAGCUUCUACAUCCAAGAGUAGAAGAAACCGAAUAAAAAUUUGGAAAUAUAACCUUACAUGACAAACCUACAUCAGACCUAAACCUUGAGAGUCUGCGUGUGGAACAGAGGAUUGACGAUUACUUUGAGAAAGAAAAUCACGUUGAUGUCAUGAGAGGGCUUGUGUCGUGAAUCAGAAGGUAAAGACGGUGUCCAUGUACUGACUGGGAGAGAAGACGGUGUGGGACAGAUGGUUUGAUGCUCAACAACAUUCGAAGAGGUUGGCCUUGGAGAAGACAUGAUUAGCGUGUCAUUGGCUAGCCCUGAUGGACGUGUAGUAGGCAGUGGUGUCGCUGGCCUGCUGGUUGCAGCCUCUCCUAUUCAUGUGGUUGUAUGAAGUUUUAUAGCCGGCAGCAAGAUCAGAGACCGAAGCAGCAGAAUCACAACAUGUCGUCUCCAAUGCCAACCACAAUUGCAGCAUGUAAACUGAAAACAGUACCUUAUGUUAAUAGCUUCCUUGAACUGUCCUUUCAGCUUAAAGACCCCACUUAACCAUUAGAUUAUAGCACAGAUACGACUGAAGAAGAAAAACAAAAUCUAGCCACUAUGAAAGAUACAGUGCACUA